AAGAAAUUGAAAUACAUUUUAAAAAUAAAUAAAAAUGUCUACCGUUAUUUCAAACCAUGGACUAAAAAUUAUUAAAGUGAGUAUUGUGAUGAUAAUUAUUCUAUUAUCGAAAAGUAUUUAUCAUUCAGUAACAUAUAGGAAAGGAGUAAAUAAAAAUUCAGAAUUGGACGAGGAAGCAAGGAAAUCCCUUGAUAUAGACACGUUUUUAAAGAACAAGUUAUUCUUUUUGAAAAAUAGAAAUGAGAAAAACAUUAACUGUGCUGAAAUAUUAAAGGAGAAUGCUUUAGAAUUUAACCGUGCUUUAACGUUUAAUAUUGAAAGUCUGUAUAAAUAUACCUCCGAGGACUACAUAGAGAUGACUCGGAAUUGUUCUGCUUUUAUCGCCAAUAGAGGUUACAUCACUCAUCAUUUGACGGAAGAAGAGAGAAAGUUCCCUAUCGCGUACAGUAUUCUUAUGUACAAAAAUGUUGAACAGACCGAACGACUUUUACGUGCCAUUUAUAGACCGCAAAAUGUUUACUGCAUCCACGUUGACUUGAAGUCAGACGAAGCGACGUAUAAAGCCAUGGUGAAGUUGACGCAUUGUUUUAACAACCUCGUAAUGAUAAAAGAACGCAUCAGCGUUGUGUGGGGCGAAAUGUCCGUACUCGAACCAGAGCUUUUAUGCAUGAAAACGCUGCUUCAGCGGAAUAAGAGAUGGAAGUAUUUUAUUAAUCUUACAGGGCAGGAAUUCCCAUUGAAAACUAAUUAUGAACUUGUGAGCAUUUUAAAGGCAUACAACGGUGCCAAUGAUGUUGAUGGAUCGGUUGUCGAGUGA